UCGUGUUAGAAGCAAUUCGGCAGGAAUACAAAUAUUAUCUACAAUCGACUGGAAGGUGAAAAGAUGGGAGGGUUUGAAGAAGCGAAGGUAAACACGACUCUGGGGUUCAUCUUCAAAGAGGAAGUUGUUAUGGUAGCCAUCGAUCAUCCACGCUUACCAGACGGCGCGUUUCCUGAAAACGCCAUUGUGCCCCAUCCGCACCUGCUUGUAGCUAUUUCUGGUGGCAGCAAGGAUUCCCGCAAAGAAUUCCUCCAUUAUCUUCAAAAGAAGUGCAACGAACAUGAACGCGAGGUAGGGAGAAAAGCUUCUGCCGAAGAAGCAACCAAGUGGAUGUGUGGUCUUGUCUCCCGUAACCUUCCCAGCAGGGAUGAUGAUGGUUUGCCAAAACUGAUUUUUGCUGGGUGUGAAACAUCUUACAGUGGUGAUGAUUUGCCCAAAGGAAUUUUGAUUGCUGGGUGGGACAAGGAAUUGGGACCUUCCCUUUAUCAAGUGGAUGCUGAGGGGAAAAUUUGGAAACACCCACUUUGCUCAGCUGGAUGUGGUUCCGCUGGACUUUCUUUAAUUACUUGGCCUCACAAGCAUAUGUCCAUGGAUGAUGCCAUUAAAAUGACGGAAGGAGCACUCUGUCUUUCUGUAUAUCCUUAUCGUGAAGCUUGUGAAUGUGUCACUGUGUUCCAGGUGGGAGUUGAGGGGGUUAAAUUGGUGAUCUUUAAUCGUGAUAUAGGCGAAUGGCAGAAGCAGCACUUCGCUGAAAAUCCUGAUGACAAGUGGGCGUAUGAUCAAUUAAAGAAGCUUGUGGAACGAAACAUUGGAGCGGUCCUCAUUAAGAGGUGAUCGAUAAGUGUGGUUGUAAGCCUAUUGAAACAUAUGAUGUCUAAGUUUUAUCAGAAUGUUAAGCCUAUUGAAACAUAUGAUGUCUAAGUUUUAUAAGAAUGCUAGCAAGGGGUGCGUUUGAAUGCAGCCAUCUAAAUACAGUUUUAAGGCCUCCUAAUUAUAUACUGAGUCGUUUGUAUUAUCCACAAAGUGAUUUGUUAAUGAUGCUUGUUUUUUCUCCCUAAAAAAUUAUAUACGAGUCAUUUAGUGAUCAUCUAUAUCUUUUACGUACAAUGAAGCGAUGUCUUGUUA